AUGGCCGCCCCCAUCGGAGUGCACCUGGUGGGAAGUAUCCCCCUUUCCGACACCGAGGAGGUUUUCCGGCAGAUUCCAGCAGCGCUGCCGAACCGCCUCUAUUCGAUCCCUGACGGGGAACCAGGCGUCCGCCAGAACUACAUCGCCUGGGAGCUUCCCUGCUUUCCCAAGGAGACAUGGCGCCCCUACUUGCCGGGCAGCACCGACUUACCCGCCGACCACCCUGGUUUCACUCCGGAUUCCGUGGCACCUUCUCACUACGCUGGCGCUGCGCUCGAAUCCUAUAAGCGAUUCGUGCAACUCCGCGACCAGGGCAUUAUCUCCCCGGGAGUCCGAUUUCAAGUCUCACUCCCCUCACCCCUAGCAUGCAUCCAAGGCUUCCUGCGUCCCGAAUUCCAUGCCCAGCUCGAACCGUUCUACGAACGCCGCAUACUCGACGCCUUAAACACGAUUAUAGCCGGCAUCCCUGCUCCCGAUCUCGCAGUUCAAUGGGAUCUAGCCUACGAAGUGAUGGACCUGGAGUAUGAGCGGGGUCGGUUCCCGGACCAUUUCUUCAAGCCGCACUUUGCGCCGAUCAAGCAGGGGGUGUUGGAUCGGAUUCGGCGUCUCUGCGUGGGGAUACCGGUGGAGGUCCAUGUAGGCUUCCAUCUAUGCUACGGGGAUUUUGGAGGCAAGCAUUUUAUCGAACCUGAGGAUCUGGGGGUGUUAGUGGAGUUCGCGAAUGACAUCGUAAAGACGGUCAGACCGCGGGCGGUGGAUUGGGUCCAUAUGCCAGUGCCGAAGGACCGCCCCGACAGGGCGUACUUUGAGCCGUUGAAUAGAUUGGCAGUGGACGAGGAGACACGGUUGGUCUUGGGACUGGUGCAUUUCGAAGACGAGGAAGGGACUCGACGUCGGAUCCAGGCUGCACAGAAGGCUACCAGGAAGAGGUUCAGUGUGGCUACGGAGUGUGGAAUGGGGAGAGUGCCGAAAGAACAGCUCGAUAGUAUCUUGAGAAUUUCGAAAGAGGUGACGAAGCCGAUUGACUAA